UGCAGAUGUUAGUAUAUAACCAGCACGCCACAACUGAUGAGAUAUUCACUGCAGAGCAGCAAAGCAAGAAAAAGGAACCGAGUUUUGGCUUGAUUCAGAGAUCAGUUUUUAUCUGGAAGUGAAAGUCUCUCUCUCACUGUCUCGGAGGUAAAAUGGCGCAGCGAGGAAUUCAGCUCGACCAGGACAAACUCUGCUGUUCGAUCUGCUUGGAUCUACUGAAGGAUCCUGUGACUAUUCCCUGUGGACACAACUACUGCAUGAACUGCAUCAAAUGCUUCUGGGAUAGAGGUGAUCCAAGGGAAACCCACAGCUGCCCUCAGUGCAGACAGACCUUCGUAUCGAGGCCUGCUCUGGUGAAAAACACCAUGCUGGCAGAGCUGGUGGAGGAAAUGAAGAAAAUGGGACUGCAAGCUCCUCCUGCUGAUCACUGUGAUGCUGGAUCUGUAGCUGUGGCCUGUGAUUUCUGCAUUGGGGAAAAACUGAAAGCAGUCAAGUCCUGUCUGCAGUGUCUGGUCUCUUACUGUGAGCAGCACCUCCAGCCUCACUAUGAAUCCCCUGCCUUUAAAAAUCACAAGCUGGUGGACCCCUCCCAGAUGAAGAUUAUCUGCCCUCACCACAAUGAGGUGAUGAAGAUCUUCUGCCGCACUGAUCAGCAGUGUAUCUGUUAUCUGUGCGCCAUGAAUGAACACAAAGCCCACUGCACUGUCUCAGCUGAAGCAGAAAGGAGUGAGAGGCAGAGAGAGCUCGGGGCAAGUCAUCAGAAAAUCCAGUGGAGAAUCCAGGAGAAAGAGGAAGCCAAGAAGGUGCUUCAGCAGGAGGUGGAGGCCAUUAAUCACUCUGCUGAUAAAGCUGUGAGGGGCAAUGAGAAGAUUUUCACUGAACUGGUGAAAAUGAUUGAGAAAAGAAGCUCUGAUGUGACACAGCAGAUCAGGCUUAAGCAAAAAACUGAGGUCAGUCGGGCUAAAGAGCUCCAGGAGAAGCUGCAGCAGGAGAUCUCUGAGCUGAAGAGGAGAAGCGCUGAGCUGGAGCAGCUUUCCCACACAGAGGACCACACGCAGUUUCUCCACAGUUACACAUCGCUGUCACAAACCAGCGAAUGGACAGACUCACCGCACAUCCACAUCCGCCCUCUGCGCUACUUUGAGGAUGUGACAGCAGCUGUGUCGAAGGCCAGAGAUAAACUGUGGGGAAUUUUUGGUGAUGUUUGCAGCAACGUCUCAGUGACAGUGACUGAGGUGGAUGUUUUACUGCCACAACCGGAGCCCCAGACCAGAGCUGAAUUCUUACAGUAUUCCUGUCAGCUCACACUGGAUCCGAGCACAGCAAACUCAUUAUUGAUAUUGUCUGAAGGGAACAGAAAAGCAACGGGAACGCCCACUUUUCUAGCGGCAGUGCAGCUGGCAGUGGAGUUAUAUGCAAACCAACCAAAAUCGUCCGCCUUCACAAACAGGUUUCAGGUGCUGAGCAGAGAGAGUCUGAGCGGACGGUGUUACUGGGAGGUGGCGUGGAGCGGAGGAGAAGCUACAGUGGCAGUCACAUACAGGGAUAUUAGCAGGAAGAGAGAUGAAAGUGAAUUUGGACACAAUGACAAAUCCUGGGCUUUGCAAUGUGUCAACCAAAGAUGCCUUUUCAAACAUAACAAAAGAAAAACUCCCAUUUCAGCCCGCCAGCCUUCCAGAGUAGGAGUGUACCUGGAUCACAGAGCGGGAAUUCUCUCCUUCUACGGCGUCUCUGACACCAUGACUCUCCUCCACAGAGUCCAGACCACAUUCACUCAGCCGCUCUUCGCUGGACUCGGCCUGGAUUUGGGAUCUACGGCUGAGCUGUGUGAGCUCAAAUAGACAGGAAGUAUGUAACAGCUGGUGUGCAUGGACGGCAGCGGCGGCUACACUGGCUGA